CACAGCUCUCCCCCAAUCCUCUCUUCUCACUCCCAAGCUAGGGUUUUAUCACUUCUCUCUCUAGAAAUGGCGACUCGCAUUUUCUCAACAUCUCUCCUCACAAAGAGCUACUUCACAUCUCUCCUCUCUCGCUCCUUCUCAUCUCUCUCCGUCAAAUCUCCCCCCUCAUCUAUCCCAUCUCUGUCGUCUCUUUCGCGUCUCCGCCCUAUCACCUCCGUGGCUUUCAACCUCGCGCGCCACUCUCCGGCCGUGCGAUGCUUCGCUACGCGUCAGACGACGUCGUCUCUCAACGAUUCGAGCCCUAAUUUUAGUAAUCGGCCACCGAAGGAGACGAUUUUGCUCGACGGAUGUGAUUUUGAGCAUUGGCUGAUUGUGAUGGAGAAGCCGGAAGGUGAACCGACGAGAGAUGAGAUUAUUGAUAGUUAUAUCAAAACUCUGGCUACUGUCGUCGGCAGCGAACAAGAAGCUAGGAUGAAGAUCUAUUCCGUAUCAACCCGGCAUUACUAUGCAUUUGGAGCACUUAUCUCUGAAGAACUUUCUUACAAGAUGAAAGAGCUGGAAAAGGUUCGAUGGGUGCUUCCUGACUCCUACCUGGAUGUGAAAAAUAAAGAUUAUGGAGGGGAACCGUUUAUUAAUGGAGAAGCUGUGCCAUAUGACCCUAAGUAUCAUGAGGAGUGGGUGCGAAACAAUGCCCGUGCAAAUGAGAGAAAUAGGCGCAAUGACCGACCUCGCAACUUUGAUAGAUCAAGAAACUUUGAACGAAAAAGAGAAAAUAUGCAGCAGAACAGGCAAGGUCCUGGUCCUAAUAACAUGGGAGGGCCACCAGGAGUGGGAGGCCCACAGAACAUGGGACCUGGAAUGGGAGGUCCACAGAAUAUGGGAGGAGGGCCACCUGGCAUGGGAGGCCCACAGAAUAUGGGAGGAGGGCCACCUGGCAUGGGAGGCCCACAGAAUAUGGGAGGGCCGCCUGGGAUGGGAGGUCCACAGAAUAUGGGAGGAGGGCCGCCAGGGAGAGGAGGCCCACAAAAUAUGGGAGGGCCACCUGGCAUGGGAGGCCCACAAAAUAUGGGAGGAGGGCCACCUGGCAUGGGAGGCCCACAAAAUAUGGGAGGACCUGGAGGCCCUCAAUAUAUGGGCGGAGGUCCUUCAAAUAUGGGAGGAGGCCCAUCAAAUAUGGGGCGAAUGCCACAAGAUAGUAUGGGAGGGAUGCCUCAGAAUAAUUUGGGAGGGAUGCAGCAGAAUAACUUAGGAGGUGGCGCUCCACCUCCAAAUUAUAUGGGAGGAGGAGUGCCUCCAAACAGUGGAACUGGAAAUUUUCAGCCCCGAAACAUGCCAAACAAUGAAGGCUAUAAUCAGCAGUCUGGCCCAGGACCAAACAGCCAGUACCAGAACUACCCAGGAAACAUGCCUGCUGCUGGAAAUUCAUACCAGAACCAAGAUAUGCUUGAAAGGGAUAUGCCUGGAAGAAAUUAUCAAUAAGCAUGCUGUAAAGUUUCUUCCCUAAGGAAGCAUUUUAUUAGGUAGAGCUUCUUCUUUCUAGAGUUAUCAUAAGAUAAUGUUAAACUAAUAACAAUGAAGUUUCUUUUGGCUAAUAUGUUUGGCACGUAAUGUUUGUAAUGCACCUGUUAAUUUUACUGUCAAAAGAUGUAUGUUGCUAUAAUGUUUGGUUGAUGGUGUUGGUAGUGGUAAUGUGUUAUAUGUUGCUUAAUUUGAAGUGGUUCUAUGUUGUAUUGUUA